AUGGCCCAAUUAAAAAAAUUGAGAAGGCUAUCAUUUUCUAGAAAUUUUAUUGAAAACAUUGAUAGUUUAUCAAGAUUAAACAAAUUGGUUUAUUUAGAAGGAAAUCAUAAUAUAAUUCAAAACCUUGAUCCAAUAAUUGAAUUACAAAGUCUUGAACAAUUAUCCUUAAAUCAUAAUAAACUUGUCGACUUAGGAGAAAUAAACAAGUUAGUAAAUCUCGUCAGUCUUGAUUUGAGCAACAAUUUAAUCAAAGAAGUUAAAGAAGCAUUAUUUUCUGUUGAAAAUAGAAACCAUUUCAAAAAAUUAAGAAACAUUAGAUUUUCUGGAAAUGAAAUUAAAGAUUUAGAAAACAUUUAUAUUCCAAAUAAUGUUAAAUAUUUUAAUUUUUCAUAUAAUAUAAUUGAAAUAUUUUCUAUUAAAAAUGCUACAAAUCUUUCCAGGUUAAAAGUUAUUGAAUUGGAUCAUAACCUAUUAACUGAGUUGAUGAAUUUUGAGAUUCCAGCUAAUGUCCGAACAGUUUUUUAA